AUGAGCAGAAAGCAGCCAAAGGAGGGUGGCGGGACGGGCAGGUCCUUGGUGGCCGCGCUCAAUAGCAACACCAAGGGUGGGGCAAUGAUAAUGAAAAGCGUUUCCAUCUUUCUGGCCAGUGGCAGGCGAGCCUCGGCCCAGUCGAGAGAUCAGGCCGGGAACGGUCCGAACAGUAGUGCUCAGCAGCCGCGCGCUGAUACGCACUCGAAGGAUCAGAACGCGGGCACCGCACGCACGGCGAUCUCGCGCGACAACCGGCGUAUACUGGCCAGAAUGGACGAGCUGAACGGCAAGCUGAACCCGAAGAUGCUGGAGAUGUACAAGCGUCGGACACAUUUUUCCAAAGUGGAGGUAGAGGCGCUGUGCAAAAUCUAUCGUAAGCUGGUCGCCAACGCGAGCAUGAACUCGAAGGCACUCGCCGCAAGCAAUCCGGGCGUGAUCGCCAAGGCCGGCUCCUCCAUGGACGGUAUCGACCGGUCAGUGUUUCGCGAGCUGCUGCACAGUACGUUCGACAUCGUGACGGAGGAAACGCUGAUGGAGCGCAUCUUUUGCGCCUGGGAGAAGGGCUACGAAGGUUUGCCGAUACGGCUCGAGGGUUGGCUGAUGGGAUUGUCCACCUUUCUGAAGGGUUCGCAGGCGGAGAAGACUGCGUUCUGCUUUCGCGUGUACGAUCUGAACAGUGACGGGUUCAUCACGAAGGACGAAAUGUUUGCACUGCUGCGCAACUGCCUUAUCAAGCAGCCGCAGGACGAAGAUCCGGACGAGGGCGUCAAGGAUCUGGUGGAGAUUGCGCUGCGCAAGCUGGACAUGGACAAGGAUGGCAAGAUCUCGUUCCAGGACUACCAGGAGGCGAUCGCUGAGGAACCGCUGCUGCUGGAAGCGUUCGGCCAAUGUCUGCCAUCGGAUCGCGCAACAAUGUCCUUCCUAUCAACACUGCAAGCGUAAAUGUUAACCUCCUUAUUAUUCUUCGACCUCACCAUACAUUUCUCUUCCUUCCAACCAUUAGCUCCAACCAAUAUCCUUGAGCGCCAGGAU